GCACAUGACGUCAUGCAGCUGCAGCGUCACCGCUUCCUCUGCUGGUGUGCUGGAGAGAGGGAGGUGACAUGAUGCUCCGUGUCCCUGCUGUUGCAGCCUUUCUCCUAAUAACUUGGGUUUUUCCAAGUUUCGCGCUGUAUUUCCACAUAGGAGAGACCGAGAAGAAAUGUUUCAUUGAAGAAAUCCCUGACGAGACGAUGGUUAUUGGGAAGUACAGGACUCAGCUGUGGGACAAACAGACCAGUUCCUUCCUCCCCUCCACCCCCGGCCUUGGAAUGCAUGUCGAGAUCAAGGAUCCGGACACUAAGAUCAUCCUCUCUCGGCAGUAUGGCUCGGACGGGCGUUUCACGUUUACUUCUCACACUCCUGGAGAACACCAGAUCUGUUUGCACUCCAACUCCACAAAGAUGGCUCUGUUUGCAGGAGGGAAGCUGAGAGUGCAUUUGGACAUUCAGGUUGGAGAACAUACCAACAACUAUCCUGAAAUUGCAGCGAAGGACAAACUGACUGAGCUGCAGCUGCGAGUGCGACAGCUUCUGGACCAGGUGGAGCAGAUCCAGAAGGAGCAGAACUACCAGAGGUAUCGCGAGGAGAGGUUUCGCAUGACGAGCGAGAGCACCAACCAGCGGGUUCUCUGGUGGUCCAUCGCUCAGACGCUCAUCCUCAUCGUCACUGGAAUCUGGCAGAUGAAGCACCUGAAGAGUUUCUUUGAGGCCAAAAAGCUGGUGUAAGCUCCGUCUGAGCUGCUGCAGGUAAAAAUAAGCUGGACUGAACAAGGAGACGCCCACCUUCAGCACAGCAACAUCCAGGAGGAGACGUGGUCUCACCUUGAGUGGUACCAGUUAGCCCACCGAUCCGUCCUGGGAAAUGUCCUUUUUCCCUUGUAAAGGUUUUGGGUUUCAGCGUCACAUUCCAGCCGUCUUUCUCCUUAGCAGUGCGCAUCCUUCUGUUUUUGCUUGUGAUCCUUACAGGAAAAAAUGUCCAUUGUUACAGAAAAUGACCCAGUAAUGUCUUAUAAUUUAGUUGUUUUCAUUAUUCCGGCACAGAUGCAAAUAAAUGACUGGCCCUGACCCCGAACAUGUCAUCUUUAACCACCAUGUCAGGAACAGGAGACUUUUCCUGAUGAAGCUAAUUAAACUGCAGCUUAGAGGAGACAUUUACACACGAGUCCAGUUUCCUCCCUCACCUGAACAAGCCGUGUCAACCCUUCGCGUGUCCGCGCGCACUUUAACACAUUUUUAUGCUGAAAUCUCAUUUUUGAGAAAAGCUCCAUUGUCGUGAUAAAAGAAAGUUUUUUUCAUUUCAGCCUGGGAGGAAACGGGUGGAGGUUGAUUUGUGCAGCUACUCCUCAGACAUCUACAACAGAGGCUGAGACCUGCAGGAGAACCGAUGGAGGCCCGGCUGGGAUCGUCCUCUGACGGUUGGGAUUCAGUUUUACUCGUUUGCUUUUAGACUUUCCUCCUUUUGGUGGUGAGAAUUAAAUCUGAAAGGCAGUCGCUGAGUCUACAUGUUUGAAAAAUGGGCCCAUGCUGCUCGUAUGGUAGCUUCGCUUUGUUGUAGAUGCCUGACGAGCCCCGAGCUGACGGAGUCCUCCACUUACUCACUUUAAUCUCCUCAACUAAAGCUGGAAAGGUUUACUUUCCAAUAUUUAGUUCCACUGCUGCAGAAAAGCUCUUUUCUAUCUAAAAACGUAUGUUUGCUAUAAAAUUGAACCAAUUCCAUUGUUGGUGGCCUCAUGUUUUACCGCGGUCUGCCUUGUUACAGGGGCUUCGCAGAAUGGUGUGGACUGGUCACGAACAAACUUCCCGUGAAACGUCCCGCGGGGAUGUGGCUCCGUACUUACCGUGUCCCACCAGACCAGAGGACUGGACCUGAGCAGCCGACUCGGCUCUGCUGUCGUCGUUUUAAUUGACGCUGCUUUCAAAAGUCAUUCUUGAUUGGUAAACAUUUAACCCAGUUAAAUGUCCAGUCAAGCUCUCUGAUCGUUUUGUUAGGUACUCGACUGUUGAGCAGCGCUGGUGGACGAGCAAGACGCAAACCUGGAGCUCGACACUUUGUCUCCGUUUAUGCACCAAAUGUGGAAUUUAAAGUCAUAAAAGUCACCACUGAUUCAAACUUCUGAGGGACGUCAUAGUAGGGAUGAAGAGGAGGGGAGGGGCGUGUGAAAGGAACAGCAAGGACACGCCCAUGAGCGCAGGUUGUCAGCAUCAUUGUCCAGCGCACGCGCCCGCGGUGCUGGCUGGGAUAUGUCGCGUUCCGGGGUUAGACAUCGUUUUCGAGUUUAUGUGAAACAAGUUUAAAAUAAAGACGGUCCUUUCAUCCCGCUGGAUCGCUCUGUAAAUACAGUGCGUGGCGCUUUAAUAAGAGCCUGUGUUGUAAAUAGCAGCUUUUCUACUGGCUUUUACACAAACCUGAUGACACACAAGUCCUCAUCCUCAUGUUUCAGUUGUCUCAUUAUUUAUGUAGCAUUGGAAGAUGUUUUAUUGCCGAGUUCUUCAUUUUUGUCGGCGUUUGUUAUUCAGCUUCGUUCAGGUUUUAAGUUGCUGCUGCACUGAAUUAGUUUUACAGUGAUCUGGAUGUCAUGUGCUUAAUAAAAAAUACUAACU